CAUGGGUGCUGAGCAGGACAGCAGCACCGUCUGAGGAGGGAUAUUAACCAGAGCCGGAGGCUCCAUGCUCAACAGGUCAGCUGGAGAGCUAGACCAGCCUUGGAUAAUGUACUGAAAGAAGCCAAGAGAAUUCACCAGAGCAUUGGGACAUGUCAGAAAGUUCCUCAGGUGUGAAUACUAGCAGUGGCAGUUUUCCUAAGUCCCACUCCUCCCAGUACUCCGACCUCAGCGUCAAGCACACCCCGCCCUCUGUGGAGCACAGUCCUGACUCUGGAGUCGUUAGUACACCUCUGCCAUCCAGCCGGUUUCGCUUUGUGUCCUGGCAUCGCCUGGAGCAAAGUGAUGUCAGAGGGAACCAGCUGACCUGCCCACGGGUGAGAGAAGGGCCGCCAGAGGAGGAACGGUCAAUCCGAGAAGAGGGGGAUGUUCUCCAGGAGCGUUGGGGGAGGAGGAGGAGGAGGAGGACAGAGGAGCUGGAGGGGCAGCGAUGGGAGGAGAGGCUUCAAGAAAACUGGGAAAACUGUCUGGAGCUGAAUCUGUCCUACCAGGACCUCGGAGAUCCAUUCCAGCGGGACAACUUCUUUCGGAUCCUCCGUCGCCUGAUCCGCGUGGAGAAGCUGCAACUGGUGGACAACUCCCUCACAGACCUGAGUUCUGUCUGCCUGCCAAGGUGCAGAGUCCUCAACCUGCAACGCAACCACCUGGUGUGUCUGCGGCGUCAGCUGCCAAAGCUCCCAGCCCUGGAGCACCUGUGCCUGUCCGACAACGCCAUCAGCUCCCUGGGGGGGCUGGGGGCCGCUCUGGGGGGCGCCCCACUGCACUCGCUGACCCUCAGCCGCAACCCAGUGACCUUCACUCAGGACUAUCGCUCACGGGUCUUCUCCUGUUUGCCAAAGCUACAGGUACUGGAUGGCAUCCCUAAGCUUCCAGAGGAUUCUCUGCCUCUCAAACUACAUUUCCCAGAAAACACCAGGAUGUGUAACAUCUUGUGACAUUGGUCCGCAAAGGGGAUUGUACUAACUAGCCCCAUGGCUAUGAAUAAUCCCAUGGAUAACUAGCGACAGUUGAGUUUCCUUUCAGAGAUUCAUUGAGCUGUAUAAGACCAAAGACUUUGAAGCCACAUUGACAAAAAUAUGUGUAAUAUGUAUGAGUUUUUUAUUAGAACUGCUGAUUUAUAUUUUUGUUAUAU